AUGGAGGAAGAUUCUAGUAAAACGAGCUCGUUGAGCUCUAACCAAGCUUCUGCUACAUGUGUUGAACAGUCUGGUGAUUCACCUAUAUUUUAUUCAGCUGGUCUCCGCGUACCAGAUACUAUUUUAUCACCGUCAAGACUUGACACUUCUGAAAUCUUUCCCAGCAUUAAUGACACCCUACAAAAUCCUCCUGUUCCUUUGCAUGCGAACCAAAUUGCGGUUGUUAUGUUCGUUGGUACCUUGAAAUACUCCUACUCAGAUGUCGAUUUGUGCCAUAUUUCUCGUUCUAAGAUUUUUUAUAAUCAGUUGGUUAACCUAAAAAAUAAUAUAAAAGUCAAUUCUGAGGAGGAUCAGGGUCAGUUUUUGUCUGUAAACACUCCGUGUUUGAUUCAAGCUUCCAAGGCAGGACUUAGGGUGACUAUAUAUGGCUCUAACCGGAAUGCCUUUUAUCCCCUGCGAUGCGUUUAUCAUGCCAAUAUUUUGUGUGGUGACCCGGCAUUUAUGGCUCUCUUUGUCCGUGGCAAUAAGAGAUCAGAAAGGAGGCAUGAGAUACAACAUUCGGCCAAAGGUGAGCGUUUAUUUUCUAGUUUGUUUGGUUGUACUCACUAA